GUUGGAAGAUAGUCUGGGGUCACAUUUUACCCAUCCAGUUCAGGAUUGUUCUAUUGAGAGUUAUCCCCCUUUGCACAUGUCUGUAGAUUCUAACAUUACUCCUGAAAUGUUAAGCUCUGAGGAAAACUCUUGCAUCAGGUUAGGUUCAGAAAGCAUUCUUGCUAAUUCUAGACCUAGAUUGACCAGUACAGACAAUCCUAUGUGUAAUUUAAAGGAAAAUUGUAUAGAAAAUCGGUUCCCAAAGGUGACCAGUACAGAAGGGCAAGGGUCAAAUGAUCCAGAUGGUCAGAGGUCUAAGUUGAAUUGCACUGCAGGUCAGAGGUCAGAGAUUACUACUACCCUGAUGGAAAACAGUUCAAAUAAUUCUUUACCAGAAGUAGCAGAAACUGAAGAAUCAAAAGGUAACAAAGACAAAGAAAGCCUACAUCCUGCAGAUGUAAAUGAAGGUGAUGAAAGACAAGAUGCCACAGCUGCAGAUUCUGAUGCAGCUGAAAACAACAGUGACUCCUGGCUUAUUCCAGAUACACCAGUUAAACUUCCCUCAUUGUCUGGGAGAAGCGUAUUGAAUGAGGACAGGUCGAAAACAUUUAACUCCAAAUCCAAGAAGUGUCAAAAUAAGUGCUCUUCUGUUCGCGAGAUAGACACAAAUUCUACAAGAAACAGGCAGAAAUUGAAGUUGAAGAACAGACGGCUGAAUGACAGUGUGGAUAAUUUGACACCUGAAUCAUUCUCACCCAAAAAUGCAUCAGUGUUGGAAAAUUCUGGAAUUUGUGACAUUUCUAAAUGUCAGCCUUCAUUCAGUACAGCUGUUGUGUCCACUCCAGUGCUCCAAAGAGCAGUGAAAUCCUUCAACAGGCAAAGUUCUGUUUCUGAUGUGUUGAAAAAAGGGCUUGAUUUGAAAGAUUCAGCAGAUGAAAUUUUAUCAUUCAGUAAAAUGAUGUUUUCAGUGAUAAAUAAGGAAGACCAUGUUGAGACAACAACAGUAAGCGGCUCCCAUUGUGUUAACGGAGACGGUGUUGAGACAACAACAGUAAGUAGCUCCCAUUGUGUCAUCGGAGACGGUGUUGAGACAACAACAGUAAGGGGCUCCCAUCGUGUCAGCGGAGACAGUUGUAUAGAUGAACCAGGAAAACAUAACAAGGACACCUUAAAUUGGCAGAAAUUGUCUGAAAAUUGCACCUUGUCAGAAGCCAGAUCACAUAAGAUGCCAGUUGAUGUUGAGCUGACUCCAGAACAAAGAAAAGAACUUUUAAAAGAUGUUGACAUUUUUUUUGUCAGGACCCCUUCAGAACAAAGGAAAAAUUCUGUUAUGUCCAAACUGAAGAAACUGUCUCCAAGGACCAGUGAUGUCUCAGUUUCUCCAGAAAUCAACAUACACAUAGAGUCUGACGGUGAUGACGAACUGCCAGAAGUUUCUGAGGAUCAAUUUUCUGUUCUCAGAAAAAGUUCCAGUUUUGAGAAUGUUGAUCGAAUAGAUUUGGACCCUUUACCUGUAGAAAUGGAUGUUGAUAAGCCUAAAAAUGAGUGUACAGACAUUCAAAUUGUCUCAGGAAAUGCAACUCAUAAGCAUCAGCAAGCUAAUGGAAAGAAGUACACAUUUAAAAAAAUGAAGUUAAUCAACAACAAUGAGCCUAUUUUAUGUAUUCCUGAAGAAUUACCAGACAUUGCAUCACCAGAGUUGCUUAUUACACAGUCCCAAAUUGGAAAACCAACAGGAGUUCAGUCCCCUUCAGUUUCCAAUGUGUCCGCCAUUUUGCCCUUAGGCUGUCCUGCUGGACAACCUGAAACCCCUGCUGACCAGUGUGAGACAAGUCCAAAUGAAGGCCUUGGUGAAGGACAAAGGGAAGAGUUCUCCCCCAUAAGGGGACCACCUGACUCUGAUCAUGCCAUGUCUCAGGGUGAUGCAGACCACAAAGACCCUUAUUCACCUGUGAAAUACCAAGAUCUGGAUGUGUGGGAGGAUUUUGAUGAUGCAGGAGUGGAGUUCAAUCCUGGAACCUGUGACAGUUUUGUGGACAUUGAGGGCAAGGAUCAUAGUGUCCAGAAUAUUUCUCUGGCUAAAAAUGAAGAGAGUCACCCUAACAACUCCAAGAUGUCUGGAACAGCCUUAUCACCCGUUGAGCUUCACUCUGAACCUGUAGCUGUGAGUUCUUCACCAGAGCUUAGCCUUUCUUCUGGGGAUAUGGCCCAGCCAUUAGCCCAGUCACCACUCCCCAGCCUAGCAGGGACUCCACCAGACCUGGACGCCCCACCCCCUCAUGUGGACUAUCUGGAUCAGUUUGAGGAACUUCAGGAUCAUCAGUCUGAUUGGGAACCUACCAGCCCCUCUGGGUCAUGCAGUCCAUUCCAGAACGAUGAUACCAGACCUUCACAGCCAGCUGCCAUGAGCUUUACCAAGACUCCUACCUGCCCUCCCCAGGCCAGUAAGAAGCCCAAGAAGAAAUGGGUACCUCCAUCACCGUUUACACCCAUGCUCGAUUAUGAUCGGAUGAACACCCCUGGGCUUAAGAAAGAGAUGCAGAAGUUUGGUAUAAAGCCUGUGUCUAAGAAGAGGAUGAUUGUUUGUUUGAAGGACAUUUAUCACCAAACUCACCAGUAUGAGACUGACUCAGAAGCAGAGGUAAGCAUUGUGGAGGUGGAAGAGGUGGCAACUGCUAUGAAUACUCAAGAAGAGGAAGUGAUGAAGGAGGGAAAAGGUGCAAAACAAAAAUCCAAAGCUGGGAAAGCUAUGUCUAAUGGACACAAAACUAAACCCUGCGCUAAAGGUACAAAGAAACUGCCACAGAAAGGUACUAUGAAAGGAACAACAAAACAGUCACAGAAAGGUGCUGUAGGGAAACCAGCAGGAGUGAGCACUGCAACAGAGUUAAUUGAUCUAUCUCGGGAAGAGGAUGACAGCGAGCAGGGGGAGGAAUCAUGCGGCAGUGAUAUGGUAGAAGAAAGUUUCUUUAUCGAAAGUGAAAUGUUGAGUUCACAACAGGAGAGCAGCCCUAACCUGCAUGAGGAGCUCCACAUUUUUUUUACCUCCAAUCCUGAACUCUACUCCAAAGUGCUCAUGUAUGAACCUCUGGAGUUUGAUUGGCUGAGAGAAGAAAUCAAAAAAGCUGGCAUAAAGUGCUCCAUGCCCAAACUUAUUCAUUUUAUGGAUGAAAGGUGCAUCACUUUCACCAUGAAAAGUCGCAGAGCCGACAAACCGAGGGGCAGGAGAAAAAAGUCUGUGAAGAAAACCACACAGAGUGCUGUCUCCUGAAACAGAUCUGCUGCUCAUUCAGUUUUAAAUAGUAUCAGUGAGUUAGAACCAUUCCUGUUUGAUAGAUCAUGCCAGGGUGAAUCAGUAAUUAUUGUAAUCUAUGUGGACAAGUACGGACCUGGUGUUUGAGCCGUUAGGAGCAUGUGUGGGUGUAUGUUAACUUUCAACUACAAAAAAAAAACAACAAGUUGUGCAAUUAGGUACACUCUGGACACAGUUUCCACAAAUCGGACAUAAAUCUUGUUUAUUCUUUGAUCCCUGUGUUGGGUACUGUUUGGGUUUAGAUUGUGAAACAUUGAAUUGAGAUUGCCGUGAGUUUGAUGAUUUUUAUUGAAAUUUAUAUCCCGUAUGAAAUGUAAAGGCAUGUGGAAUUGUAAAUUUGAUUUAUACAUUCCACUUAAAGCCAGUUAUCUUUGAAACAGUUUGGAACUUUCUUGAUCAAAUUUUCAUUUGACCCAAGCAUAAACUUUGGCUUAAAUUCCAUCAUAUGUAUGUGUAUAUGGACACACUGUCACAGAGGUUAUGAGAUUCAGUUAUAGGUACCAAAAUGAUCUCUCCAGUAAACUUGCAGUGCUGUAUCAUUCAAUCUUGUGCAUUUCAAACAAAUGAUUGUGAUGCUUUCGCAAUGGGUGCAUCUUUACUGUGAGCUGCGCCAUAAUCUGCAUUCGACUUAAGAGACAGUUGUGCCAUGGAGAAGAUUGUUUUGUGACAUAUUUAGUCUGAGAUUUUAUUAAUUAGGCCAGGAACCUAUCAGGAAGUAUGUUUACUUUUAGAACAUUUAUGGUUGUCUAUGUUGUAUACUUGGUAUUCAGGGUAUAUGUAAAUACCCCGGGAAUUCCUGGAAGAAACACAUUAAAAUGUACUGCGUACACGUAUGUCCACACAUCUCCUGACCAGUGCAUGGUAUGAUUUGUGAAACGCUUAAGGUAUCUUCCUAGAAGGGAAAACACCUAGAGGCAUAUGGCGGAUGCAGGGUGUAACUCAGUGGCUAAUGUGCUUGUGUUAGAAUCGCUAUUGCCUAAGGGAGUUGAUUUAUUCACAGCCCAGACUGGGAAUCAGUAUUCCUCGGCCUGCAUUUUUCUCCGUGCCUAGGUGGUAGUAAGCGUCAGACAGUGCCCAUGUGGCUGCUUAAAAGACAACAAAUAAUAUAACCUUAACUGUUUUGGAAGAGGGAUUGAAACAGAUCUAAAUGGCCACAGCCAUUUUGUGCAGAGGCAUUUGAUAACUUGGUUAAUCAACUCAAAGGGGAUAGGUCAUGUGAGAGAAACUGGAAACAUGUUGUUGUACCGGAUUACAGAAAUAAAUUAUGCCUGGUUUGUUAAAAUUGAUAACUUGACGAAUCUUUUGAUUGUCCCAAUGUGGACAAGUAUGUUAACUUUGAACUGCGAUACGUUUAAAAAAAAAUAACAUCCCAAUAGGACAUAUGUGUAUAUACUGUAAUUGUUCAACCUUUUUGCUUAUUUGUGCACAAGCCGAUGCCCUCAACUCCAUGUCGUCAACCCUAUGCCCCCUAACGCUGAGAGGAUAACUAACUGGGGCAGUUUCCAGUUAUUGACAUGCAAAUCGAUACAAAAAUUCAUCACUUUAAGCACAUUCUCUUUCCAAACAGCGGUUUCAAAUUAACAAAUUAAUCAAAUUAAUGGAGUUGAUACAUUUUCAUUCAGGAACUGCCUAGAUUUUGGAGAUAUCAAAGCCUUCAUGGUAAACAGUGAAACUCCAUUCAGAAUUUGUUUUCUUUGGUUAUACAAUUCAAUUGCAAUUUGAUACACCAUCUGCUCAUCGUUAGUAUCUUCAAACUGUCAGCUUCAAAUAAUGAUGGCAUAACCAUUUGCAGAGAUACAACCCAAUUAUUUGUGAGAAUCUUUGUGUAUAAAUCAUAAAUUUGAAUAUCACCAUCAGUCUGCCGAGCCCUGGAGCAUGUAGUUUGUAUUGGGCAUUUCCCAGUACCUAGAUGUGUUAAACAACAUGAUGUGGUUUUGUAAUUUCUGGUCACUCUCGGAUGAUUGUCAUUAGGCAUUUGAUUUGAGUGAUUUUGCAGGUAAGCCUAGAUUGAUGUUUGCUAAUGUUUGAAGUGUUUUCACCUGCCAGGUUAGCAUUUUGGUGAGAUCUUUAGGGAAAUAUUCUUGAUGAAAAUAAACAUUAAUUGAAUCAUCCAUGGGACACACUCACAGGAUUUCAGUGUCCUCUUCAGAGUUAAUCCUUAUAGGUAAUCCUCGGCACAUCUUUGGAUGUUAAACAGGCAUCAUGCAUACAUUGUGUACACUUUUGGAAAAGGAGAGAAAUUCUAUGCAACUGAUUACCAAGUGACGUUUGUAGAAUAAACAUUGGUGGCCUGUGUGUUAAGUAAGGUAAAAGAUGUUACAGUUUAUAGGGAUAUCCCCCAACUGCUGUAAUUCUUCUAAUUUUCCUGACAUCUGGUUGGCUCUGUUUAGCCAAUAUAGUUGUAGGAAUAUUUGGUUUCUUUCUUUUUUCAUGUGGUUAGUCCAUCUUAUGAACAACAUGUAUCAAACUUUCAGCAGCAAUAAUGUCUGUCCUAAAAAUUAGAAGAAGCUGGUACGCAUUGAAUGUUUAAUACAAAAGCUAUUUUUACCAAAAAUAUUUGAAUUAAAUGUAAUUGCUUAUAAGGUUACUAUCUUUUUAUCACACCAGUUCACCUCAAAUUAUGGUCAUUUACCUCAAGAUAUAUGGUUAUCUGAUAUAUUGUCUUAAAGUAGUUCCCUCGAAUCUGUUAAAGUUAAGUGGUGUUUUGGCUGUGACAAAGCUGUUGCAUAUUUUUAAAACAUUUGUUCUUGCCAGGAUUAUAUUGUAAAUGUCUCCCACGGCAGAACAAAAUGUAUGAUACAUGUAUUGCAAAGUAGUGUUUGAUUGUUCAUUUGUUUUAUAGCUGUAUUGUAUUUGUAGUAGUUGAUUUUGUUAUUUAAUUUAUUGUUCACAGUUUCAGAACUAUUGAUCUUUGAAAUGUGUUCAGACUUUUUGGUGAAAAAAAGUGUCUGAGGAGUACACACUGGUAGGCUUAAGGCCUUCACAGGUAAUCGAAGUGGGGUUAUUAUUUUGGGGGAAAGGUUAGCACUGCAUGCCAAGUUAACACGCAGGUAGGAGUAUUCAUCUCCUGAAAUUCGUCUCUUCAAAUUGCAAUUCCUUAAACAUUGGAAGUAUUGGAAGAGCUUAAUGUUGCAGAGUACAAAAAAAAAGUCUGAGAGUAGAGGAUAGAAAUUCUUGGAUAGAGUGUAUUAACUUGGUCACACCAAAUAUAUUCACAGUUGUAAAGACCAGCUGAUCCUUUAUUAGUCAGGGAGUCCCAUGUCAGAUGUUCAUUGUAAAAAGCUGCUAGUUAAAUUUAUUGACGUCACUCUACCAGCGUGAGAAUAAUAUCAGCUUAUGUUCCCAAUACAUCUACAUUACAUUUACCUUCGCAACAUUCAGCUUAGCCUAAACUAUCCGCCGUAGUAACAAACCAGUCAGCGAGUAUUGUGUAUCCCUGGGGUGGUAAGUCUGUUUCAUUUCCCAGUGAAGUAAUUUAUAUUCGGGUGAACUGCUGUGUUGUCCGUAAUGUGGAAUUGAAUUGUAGACUGAUAUCUAGAGCAAAUUCUGUGUGCCAUUGGUAAAGGAGAUGUUUGGUGCUGAUUUGACCAUUAUGUAUAUCCUCUUGUAAAGAAUGAAAUGACAUGCUUCUUUUUUACCUCGUGAAGAUAUACUCUGUAUUCCUGUAAAUUGUGGACACAUUUUGUGAUUCUUACAAGCUAAAUUUCAAACUUGACCAUUUAUAACUAUUGAAGCCUUAUUGUUGCAACAUACCACAGGAGUCAAAAUGUUUCAUAUUUCGGAGUGUUAUUGUCAACAAAAAAUUCAGGUCGUCUUAUGUCUUUAGAAAGUGUGAAAUUGAUGAAAUCCCACUUAUGUCAAUGUCUAACAACAUGGAAGGGGAUAUAAUACAACCAUGCCUUAUUAAAUUUUUAAUAUUUGCUUCACAUUUUUGUGAUCACCUUAGGCUAAAUUUGAGGUCCUCGUUUUUAUUUUGAGCUUGUAAAACUUGUGCGCUUGACAAAACAUUUUGACCCCUGUACCAUUCCUGGAGCUGUGAAAGCAUUUUGCCUUCUUUAGCUUCACAGUCAGUAGUACAGUUAAUGAUAGGAAACUAAUCCCAUGCUUCACUGCAUGUUGUCACAAGUAAAGAUGUUUUCAGCAA